AUGGAGUGCAUGCGAGAGAAGUUCGUUGGUGGCGGUCUCCUUGACGGACGCUACCAGACUCUUUCGCCUCUCAACCACGGGUCGUUUGGCAUGGUCUUCUUGGCUCAGGACCUCAAGACAAACGGGACUGUUGCCAUCAAGUGCCUGACCAAGAACCCCACCGACCCUGACACUGACCUUGAACUCGCCGUUGACGACAAGUCCGAGGAGUACGCUCUCCACACUCGCCUUGGUGUCCACCCCAACAUUGUCAGUCUUCUCGACACCUUUGAGACUGACGCGCACCUCUAUCUGGUUCUCGAGUUUUGCUCGCAGGGUGAUCUUUACGAGGCCAUCCGAAAGGGCCAUGGACCUCUGGAGACGGAGCACGUCCGCCAGUUUAUGCUUCAGCUUGUCGACUCUGUUUCCUACAUCCACUCCAAGGGUGUUUUCCAUCGGGACAUCAAGCCUGAGAACAUCUUCCUCACAGAGGAUGGUACCAUGAAGCUCGGUGACUUCGGCCUGGCUACGACUGACAAGUGGUCCUACGAGAUGACUGUCGGCAGUGACCGUUACAUGGCCCCUGAGCAGUUCGAUUCGGCCGGUGCUGGCUACUCGCCUGCCGAAGCUGACAUUUGGGCUAUCGGCAUCUGCCUGCUCAACAUCCUCUUCUCCCGGAACCCCUUCACCACGCCGACGGAGUCCGACCCGCUCUUCCUCGACUACUCUCGUGACAAACAGAGCCUCUUCGAUGUCUUCCCCGACAUGUCUCAGGACACGUACGAAGUCAUUGUCGAGUGCAUGAACCUCGACCCCAAGAGGCGCUCUCUGAUUGGCGCACGUGAGGCUCUGCUUCGCGUCGUCAGCUUCACCACCCGGGAUGAGCUACUCGACGACUUUUGCACUGGAGAGAAGGCGACCCUCGCCUCCGCCAACAGGGAGCCUCUCCGCACCCCGUCCCUCCAGAGCCCUUACAUCGACGAUGUUGGUGCCUUCCCUUGGACCAAAGCUUUGCAGGCUACCCCUAAUCGUCAGCUCAGUGUCAUCCCCGAUGACGAGAGCUACACCGAGGAACUCUUCCCUAAGUCCGAGGGGACGACAGACUGGUGCUCUGCUGCUGUGCAGACGCCCAUGUCUUCCAUGGUAGACUCUAGCCUUGGUGCCUCGAUGAACUCACUUGGAAUAUUCAGUUCAUCUUGCGCUCCCCAGGUCUCUCCUGCCGCCGGCUCUCUUCCUAUCCACAUGUCGAAACCCAUGAAUCUGUCCAUGUCAACCGUCUUUGGUCGCCGUCAGGAUAUGGUGUCUAAGAGCUGGAGCGAUAUGUGGGAGGAGGAGGAGGAGGAGGAAGAGCGUGAGCAGCAACUGAAGGCUAGGAAGGAGCUCAACUCGCGCACUUGGAGCCACGAGAGUAAGGGUGACACCAAGGAGACUCACCGUAUUAGGGGUAAUGUUGACGAUGAUCUCGUCGCCGAUGGCUUCUUCUUCCACGAGCCUGAGCUUGAGGCUAAGCCUGCUCGCGGAACGCCACGCUACUCCCCACCUUCCAAGAGGUCUAACAUGGACAAAUGGGCUGCCCUGGGUGAGCGUCGUCGUGGUCAGCAUGCCUCCUCUGAGGGGGAUUUUUCACCUGGCACCCGUGAGCGACGUCAUUUUGCGUUUGGAUUGAAAUCUUUUGAAGCGGGCGUUUCGGAUCACCAUCAACACAAUUUUCAUUUUUCUCACUUCAACAAAUCGCCACAACAACCACAACAACGGCAUAAGGAACGAGCAAAGGGUUGCCCAUGGAACAAAGGGAGAGAUCUCAACUGGCGCCGAGAUAAGCGCCAUGAUCUCGGGGACGUUGAGUGGGUUGGGGGUUGGUAA